AUGAAUUGUUUAGGGUUGGCCAAAGAAUGGGAAAGCAAUCCUGUUAUUCGUGAUCGCCUGCGGUCUGAAAGGAAGCUGCUGGUUCAUGGUUUAGAUCAGCCUUAUUGCAAGGCCAAUCGCAAGAACUGUGUUUCCAAUGCUGAUGUCUUGGGCCCUGUCUUGUCCCGACUGGGGAAGCACCCAAAAAAGCGAUUGCCACAUAUGGAUGCGCUGCAGCUAGAAGUUGGUGCACUUGUGGAAAAAUGUGGCAUUACUUCUUUGGGUGGCAAAAGUGUGUAUAAGCACAGCAUGGAGCUUAAGCAGUUAGCAGGGCUGGUGAAGCGUAAGGCGAACAGGCAUGAGGACCCUUGCUUCCAUGACCUUCUCUUGCUCUUUGACCCGGAGAUUCAGGACAGGAUGAUCCACCACCAGAUGGUUCUGUUAUUAUUCAAUCCUAUACUUUAA